AGGCCACCAUCGAUCUCCUCGCUUUCUCUCCGACGACGACCGCCAUGUCCAUCUCCAACAAACUCUCCAUCACCGACCUUGACCUCAAGGGCAAACGCGUCCUCAUCCGUGUGGACUUCAAUGUCCCCAUGGCGGACGGCAAGGUCACCAACCCUGCCCGCAUUGUGGCUGCACUCCCCACCAUCCAAUACGCCAUCGACAAUGGUGCCUCGAAGGUCAUCCUGAUGUCCCACCUUGGCCGGCCAGACGGCAAGGUCAACCCCAAGUACUCCCUCGAACCCGUCUCCCACGAACUCGAGAAGCACCUCAAAAAGUCCGUCAUCUUUGUCAACGAGUCCGUCGGGCCAGAUGUAGAGAAGGCCGUCGCCGACGCGCCCGAGGGUUCCGUCAUCCUCCUCGAGAACUUGCGCUUCCACAUCGAGGAGGAGGGCUCGUCCAAGGACAAGGACGGAAAGAAGACCAAGGCGGACCCCGCUAAGGUCACCGAAUUCCGCGAGGGCCUGACCAGGCUCGGCGACGUAUACGUCAACGACGCCUUUGGUACUGCACACCGCGCCCAUUCCUCCAUGGUCGGCGUCAAGCUGUCGCAGCGUGCAGCUGGCUUCCUCAUGAAGAAGGAGCUUGACUACUUCGCCAAGGCUCUUGAGCAUCCCGAGCGUCCAUUCUUGGCCAUUCUCGGAGGUGCCAAGGUGUCCGACAAGAUUCAGCUCAUUGAGAACAUGUUGGACAAGGUUGACUCCUUAAUCGUCGGCGGUGGUAUGGUGUACACCUUUAAGAAGACCCUGGAGAACAUGAAAAUCGGCAACUCUCUCUUCGACGAGCCUGGCUCUCAGAAGGUCGCCAGUCUUGUUGAGAAGGCCAAGCAACGCAACGUCACCAUCGUCUUCCCAGUUGACCAUGUCAUCGCUGACAAGUUCGACAAGGAUGCCAAGACUGGUCUUGUUUCAGAUGAGGAGGGUAUUCCUGACGGCUGGCUGGCGCUUGAUGCUGGUCCGAAGAGCCGCGAGCUGUUCCGGGAAACCGUCCUGAAGGCCAAGACCAUCCUUUGGAACGGUCCUCCCGGUGUAUUCGAGUUCCCGGCAUUCGCUGCUGGCUCGAAGGCCCUCCUUGAUGCUACGGUUGAGGCUGCACAAAACGGCGCUACCGUGAUUGUCGGCGGCGGUGACACCGCGACAGUUGUUGCCAAGUAUGAUGCGGAAGACAAGCUCAGCCACGUCAGCACGGGUGGUGGUGCCAGUCUCGAGCUCCUUGAGGGCAAGACCCUUCCUGGCGUUGCGGAGCUCAGCGAGAAGCAGUAAGUCAGCGACGUGAGAUUGAGAAGUGUCCCAGAAGUCAUUUGUUGUACUCGUACUAGGGCUUGGACAGUCAGGCUGUAAUUAGAUGCGCUGUAGAAAUAAGCCGCUAGAAACAGCGAACGCUAUUUCAACCUCU